CUAGGUUCCGACAUCCGCUAUAACUUCCGUUUGAAAAAUAACAGAACCGGAACAGAAGCGGAUGUGUAAAACAAAACGGAAGUUCCGCAGAAACGGAAGCGGAAGCAGAGCUCCGUUACAUCCCUGCCCUGAACCACCCUCCGAAUCUAGCUCCAGUGAGUCCAAAUCUAGCGAGUCUAGUGAAGAAAAAUCUGAAUCGAGGGAGUCUUCGGAAUCUGAAUCUAAGGACUCUUCGGAAUCAAAAUCUAGCUCUGAAUCAGAAUCUAAGAACUCUUCUGAAUCCGAAUCUAAGGACUCUUCUGAAUCAAAAUCAGAAUCUAAUGAGACCAAGGAAUCCUCUGACUCUAAAGACACCAAUGAGUCACAAUCUAAAGAAACCAAUGAGAUUGAUUCAAAGGAAACUUCAGAAGCCUCCAAAGAGACCGUUGAAGUAGAAUCGAAGGAAACAUCCGAAGCUCAAGAAACUGAAGAAGCUAAAUCUGACGAAGAAGCUGUUGAGGAAUCUAAGGAGACCGCUGAGGCAGUUUCUGAGGAAACGAAUGAAGAGACGAGUGAGGAAGUACAGUCUCGCCUUUUCUGGUCAGUCUUCCGCGGUGCCUCACCUUUGGGAACAUUUUAAGUUCAAGAAGAGUAGAAUGAUAUAAAUAAAAUGUUUAAUAAAAUGUG